CUGUAAUAGUUUUUUGCUUUCCCAAUAGAUGGUUGUAUAAACGGAGUACUGUGGACACAGCGAAAUCUAUAGCAGAAUUUAUGAACACACACACACACAGUUAAAGACCUAUUCACAGUACGAAACCAAUUAAAGUACGAUAGUUUCUGCCACCAAGUUCUACUACGCUGUGGUUUUUGCUCUUGCUGUAGUUUGCUUUGAUGUCACGAAGAUGGAUGGUGGUGGUGUGCAUGGUACUCCAGUACUAGAAGAAACAUUUUACAUUCUGUCGAAGAAAAACACUGUAUAUCGAGUGAAAUUAACAGAGAAAGGGCUCAGUUUACAAAAGGAAAGCAAUGGUAAUACAAAAAUAGAAGUUAUUAGAAUUGAUGACAUUGUUGGUUGUAGGUGCAUGAGAAGCAAACGGAGGUCAGGUGGAUCGUGUGCAUGCCAUCCGAAUGCUAUUAGACGAAAUAAUGUAAGAGUUGUGGAAGAAAAUUCAAGCGAACAAGAUGAGAAGGACGUUAGUGCUUAUCUGUAUAUAUAUGCGUAUGUUCUUAAAAAGUAUAGAGUCAAAUCGGGCCAGAAACGAGAGCGGAUGACAAUCACAUUGAGGUUCCGUUCCUUUGACAAAUAUGAAGACAAUAUGAGGGAAGCUCAGAAGUGGAGGUUGGCUGUCAAGUGUCUUGUCAAGAAUAAGUCGAUUCCACGAGGUAUACUGGCCAGCGAAGACUCGCAAGUCACGGCUCAGUCAUUUUUCCACCUGGAGGAGAGGAAACUGUUGGUGUUGCUGAAUCCGAAGAGUGGCCCAGGGAAAGCACGAGAACUCUUCCAGCAGAGGGUUGUUCCAGUAUUUGCCGAAGCAGAAAUUGGUUUUGAUCUGUAUGUGACAAAACAUGCAAACUAUGCCCGGGACUUCGUACGCACAAAAGAUAUUUAUCAGUGGCGUGGUGUGGUUGUGGUAGGAGGAGAUGGAAUUGUCUUUGAGGUGAUCAAUGGACUGUUUGAACGUGAAGACUGGCAAACAGCUGUAAAGGAACUGCCUGUUGGAGUCAUUCCUUGUGGAUCUGGAAAUGGGUUGGCCAAAACUAUCAGCUAUGCUGUUGAAGAACCAUAUGACCAGAAUCCAGUUCUUAUCUCCACACUGUCUGUGAUCAAAUGCAGGUGUGCACCUAUGGAUUUGGUUCGAGUAGAGACAAAGUCUCAGUUCUUGUUUUCCUUCUUGUCCGUGGGCUGGGGUCUCCUGUCAGAUAUUGAUAUUGAAUCUGAGAGGUUAAGGGCCAUUGGUGGGCAGCGGUUCACAGUAUGGAGUGUAGCUAGGCUCAUAGGUUUCUGUUUUCAGUUCUUGUUUUCCUUCUUGUCCGUGGGCUGGGGUCUCCUGUCAGAUAUUGAUAUUGAAUCUGAGAGGUUAAGGGCCAUUGGUGGGCAGCGGUUCACAGUAUGGAGUGUAGCUAGGCUCAUAGGAUUGAGGACAUACCGUGGAAAGUUGUGGUACCUACCAGUUGCAGGUUGCAGGGUGCAGUCUGCACAAACUUACAUGAGUGGACUAACGCGCAGUGUAAGCCACUGUGCUGAAACGGGUAGCAAACCUCGGGACAUCUUCCCAGCUACUUCAUACACACCUGUCCAUCCUAGCCACAGCUGCCACGACAGCAUUAAUUCACGGUACCGUCCAUUGCAGGAAGUAGGUUGUGAUGACCCAGUUACAGAUUCAUUAAGCUUAGAAACUUCACUGGGGCCAGCACUGGAAGAUUUGAGAGAUGGAGAUGAAUUUGGUCGCCCAAGGCUUGAUUCUUAUUAUUCUGCUGCCUCCCGUCGUUCCACGUAUUUCUCCACCGCAGGCUCUGACUAUCGAUCUGUGGCAGAUAAUUGUUCAUAUAUGGGUGUCCAUGGAGGUGGAGAUAUACAACCUCGCAGGCCAAACAGCAAUGUUCGUAUGUAUGGACCUCCAUCACAGUUGCCUGCUUUAACACAACCCGUCCCAGAUCACUGGAGCAGCAUUGAAGGUGAUUUUAUAUUGGUUCAUGCAUCUUACCAGUCACAUCUUGGAUCUGACUGCUUAUUUGCACCAAAUUCCAAGUUGGCAGAUGGAAUCAUUUGGUUGCUGGUGAUUCGUGCUGGUAUUAGUCGUGGACAGCUGCUUCAGUUCCUCUUGGGUCUUUCAUCAGGAUCACACUUGUUGAUUCCUCAAGCAGAAAUGAUUCCUGUUACUGCCUUCAGACUGGAACCUGAAACAUCAGGUGGACAUAUGACUGUGGAUGGAGAAGUUGUCGAUUAUGGACCAAUCCAAGCAGAACUCAUGCCCAGCCUUGCAAACAUCAUGUCGAUGUAAACCAUAAUUGUUGGAUACAGGAGUGUGCUGUUCUCAAAGAAUGUGAGUGUGAACUGAGUUGAAGGCUGUUCUCAUGCCAUUAUCCUCUGAUGUCAUGGCAUAGAACAUUAAUUACCAUUAUGAUGUCAAUUCAUUAAUCUGACAUUUGUAUAUAGUUGUAGUGAAGGUAGUCCUGAAGGAUACCAGUUCCAGUUUCUCUGUGAUGUCAGUAAUGAGGGUACAUUCCAAGGACUGAUUAAAUAUUGAGCCUAAUUAUUCUUUGCGCAGACCAGUUAAAAUGUAUAAUUUAUUAUAGGAAUUUUUGUCAAUUCUAUAAUCUUUAUAGAUAACUUAAGUGAGGAAUGUUGUGACAUGAAAGUAUAGGCAUCAGAAUUGUCUAUUUAAAUACUGGUAUUGUUAUGAGAGUCUGUAGGUUCGUUCAUAGAUAUUUGAGUAAGAAUGGCAGAUAUUAUCUUCUGAUGCAUUUAUUUUUGGUACCUACCUUAUAGUCAGUAACAAGGAUAUUGUGCGUGUUAUUAUUAUUAGGAUUUUGUGGUUUUCCUUUAUUUCUUAAUAUCUCACCUUUACUGACGCAUCAUUCAUUACUAUCCAGUCAUCUAGAAGUCCCCAUCUUGUGAAAGGUAGAACUACCUGUUUGCACAUGAGACUUAUAUGCACAGUUUUCACUGAAUGUUUUACUCAUAGUUGCAUGGUUAGCGUGUGUUUCAUGGGUUCAGAACUCAGAAUUUAUAUUCUAAGGUUUUUUCUGGUUUUCCAUAGUCACUCCUGGCAAAUGCUGAGACAGUGCUUUAAAAUAGUUCAUGACUUUCAUUUCACCUUUUUUGCAGUUUGUGAUCUCGGUUAAGCCAUCUUCUGGAUUCUCUUUGUCAUGCUUUCAAUAAUUGGUGGUUACUAUUUCUGUGUCUGUGAUUAUCUGAUUUUAAUAUUUUUAUUAUUUAUUUAAAAUGCUUCACUGCAGCCAGUGAACCUGCAAGACAUUUUACAGGCCAGUGUAAGUAUAUAAUCCUUUCAGAAACCAGGGAGGUGAAUGGGACCAUGACGAGACAUUUUAACAGAAAAGAAAGACUGCUCUGCUAUAAUUUAUAUUAUAUAAACUUGGCUUAUUGGAACUAGGAAUAAGGAGCAGAAAUGAUUGACAACAAAACAACUUUAUUCCGUAACCCUUCUAUCUUGAAUUUGUUGACAGACUGACUUCGUGGCCAGGUUUUUCUGUUCUGUUCAAACACUUUAAAAUAGGCCGCAUUUCUUUUAUAUGUCAUAAAUCACCAUACUGUCUGAUGCUACAUAAUCUAAGGACUUUAAAAAGUGCUGUCAAAUGCACAAGAGUACCUUAAAAUGGGAAAAAGUUGUUUUUCCAGCAUGAAGUACAGUAAAAGUGCAGGACAUAAAACCAAAGCAAUAAAAUAGUUAUGUUACAAUGGUAAAAAUAGUCGGUGCUGGAAAUAGUGAAGUACCUUGUUAUUGGCUGUGUUAUUGCUAUGUAGUGAUGUUACCAUAACUAUCAGAGUAUCUUUGAAUGUCACCUUUUCAGUAUGGAAAAGAUGUUGAAGAUAACAUUCAUGAAAGAGGACUUUGAUUCAAAGAUAUUUGUUCAUAUUACUGUGAAAUAAACUCAGGUGUGGCCAUGGGUAGGAAAAUGACAUUCCAUGCUGAACUGUACCUGGCAAAGAACAUUUUUAGCAUAAAGAUUUCCAGAGGAAACCAGUGGGAGAGGCUGUGAUCUUGAUCUUGUUCAGUAAGAUUUUAGUGGUAACAAGUAACACCUGCAGCAAUUGAAAAGCAAUACUUAUGGUAUAAUGUAUUUAAAUAUGUGGUAUAAUUUUAACAGUGCCACUUUUUCAUUUCAAGAAUUAAGGCCCAUAUAUUUCUCUCCUUUGUUCUAAAACAACUCUCAUUGCACAGGCAUUUCCAGUAUAAUGCAGUUUAAUUUGCUGGAACAGCUUGAAUUCUGAUUACACAGUACUUUUCCUUCGGUUUUUGCGGCUGGAGUUCAGCGUAUAACUUUAGCUUUCGGGGUUGAGCUAUGUAGGCAGUGAUUAGGACAUGCUGAUGCUGACUGAUGGAGAGGAAGAGCCUGCUCUUGUAUUGCCUGCCCUGCAUAAGGCUUCUAAGCAUGCCCCAGUCACCACACAUUCACUCUGAAGAUGGCAACUACAUUGUUAACUGAAACAUUGGAUAACUCUCAACAUUCAACAUGCCUUAACCCUGAAAGCUGAAAUUACAGUUUGCAUGUUAAUUUGUGACUAUUUCCACAUUUCUUAACCUUUGCUGUCUGAAAAGUCUAGAAUAUCAAACUGUAGAUUUACAUGUGCGUUUGACUUUGUAAUUUCCAUAGUCCAAGUUUGAAUGAUAACUUUUGUGUCAGACUUUAGUAUAAUACAUAGCAGCUUUUAAUGUGAUUUCUCUUCUAGGAUGCUUUGGAUUCUAAUUGCAUGAUGCCAUUUAACUUUGUUGCAUUCCAUAAAAAUAGUACAAAUAUGUGUUUGUAAUGAUAUUUCUAACACUUUAUGAGAAUUGUCAUAUUGCUAUUUCUCUCACCUAAAUUCCCUGAAAUGCUAAGAGUAGCUGGAAUUGAUACUGCCAAGCAUCUUUUAGCAAAGGUAUCUUAUAUUUUUCCUGUGAACAGUAGUAUGACAUAAUUAAUGCACUUAUUUUGUUAAAUAGAGAUAAGCAGCAGCAUAAUGGUUUGCCUUCUUUUUUUAAUGAAGUUCCUAGGUAAAUAGACUUUGUGUAGAUUCAUACAUUUAAAGAAUAGUGAGAAUAAUUUUGACAUUAAUUGUUAUACUGUAUUUAAAGUAUUGGAUUUUAAAAUGGUGAAGGAAUAGAGGAAAUUAUAGUACUUCUAGAUGCAUGAAGAUGUUUAAUCUAUAAUUACAUUUUCAGCAAUUAUUGUAGGCAGAAGGUUUUAUUGUAGAGUGGAGGUAAUAUAUACUUUUAGGAAUUAACAUAAAUCACAAAAAUACAAAGAAUCCAUAAUGAUGAAUGAUUUGUUUCAAAGUUGCAUCAGGUAUCAUUCAUAAUGUACAAUGUCUGAGGAAACCAUUUUUCUUUUAAUCACUGUAUAGAAAUAUUUUAUACCUUUAUGAUGUAGAUUAACUAGUGUUGUAUAGCAUUUGUACUGAAUUCUACCUGAAGUAACUUUGUGAAAUUAUUUUGAAUGACAAUUGUAUGCAGUGUCCAGUUUUGGAAAGGUCAUACAACAAAGUUUCAUAAUUUUCACCAUGUUCUUGAGUAAGGUAUUCAAAGACUGAAAUGUUACUGCGUACAGUAUUUACCAAACUGAAUACAGUUAACCAUCAGUUAUUCAGUAAUUCUGGAAGUAUCAUUUGGUAAUUGGUACAAAUUAUAUUCUUAAAUUUGUAUUCAUAUGUACAGUAGAGUCCAAAUUAUCUGCUGUGCCAUGUCAGAACACUCCAUUUUAUCAACAGUCAGCUGUGCAUGUAGUGAAAUGAAUCGUACAGCCCCACCAUGCACCUUCUGCACUUUAUGUACAGUCAUUACAGAUGUACUACUGUUCAGGUACUGGCACGACCUUGCCACAAAGAAAAUGAAUGAGGCUCAGAAGCAAAUAUCCAUUACUAAUUUACUUAAAAAAAUGACUUCCAUUAGAAUAUGGUAAAUAUUUAUAUUUGUGAUAUUUUUUAAUUUGAUACCUUAUUGUAUUUUCUUCAUAAUUGAAUAAUAUUGUAAAUUGAGUAACAAAGUGAAUUAAUAUUUACCCUCAUCUUUUGCAUUAGUCUUUCAUACCAUCUGACCAUCCUUUGGUCCCAUUUAGGUUGGAUAAUCUGGACUCUACUGUAUGUACUUGCAGGAUGCCUUAAGGGUUCUCUUUUGUUUCAUAUUGUUCCUUAAAUUCCUGUUUACAUUGCUACUAUCUUGGGAGAAUUCGCUGAAUUGUCAAUAAAAACUACAUACAGUUGUGGUUACAGAUUCCUGUGCUAAAGAAGAAAUUCUGGAAAUAACUUAAGGUGCCUACUUUACUUCAAAUACAUCAUUUUGUUUGGUGAGGCUGACUAAUUAUAUGAAUGUUGUUAUUUAUAUGCAUUUUCCAUUUAUGCAAAUACUAUGAUAAAUAUGCCUCGUAUAAACUUAGACACAUCAUUGCUGUGUUGUAAUUAUUAAUGCAUUUAAUAGAAAUUCAUGGGUA